UUUAGUGAGCCAUUCACACGAGAGUUUGAAUCUAUAAAUCUAUCACCAAAAAUCAUAAAAUGCUUUUUCCCCUCCUGCCUUACCACUCCUCUCAUUCUCUCAGAUUGUCCUCAUCAUAAAGGGAACUUAAUCUGCAGCAGUCAUGUCUGAAGGGUGAAAAAAGACAAAGUAUUCAGCAACACGCCGCCUGUACUUAAAGACCAAACUACUGAAAAAGGCAUCGUCAAUGCUGGUUGCCGAGUAUGAAGAGAAGAAGCGUGAUAGAGACAACACUCUCAAUGAGAGAGUCCCACCCCUCAAACUGUCUGGUCUGUCUGUUCAGGAGCUCCAGGACCUUUGUAAAGAUCUACAUCACAAGAUUGAUAUUAUAGAUGAGGCUCGAUAUGAUCUGGACAUCAAAGCAGGCAAAAAUGAAAAAGAGAUUCAAACAUUAAUUCAGAAGGUGAAUGAGAUGAAAGGUAUGCAGAAAAGGCCUAACCUGAAAAGGGUGAAGAAGUCCGCAGAUGCCGUGCUGGAUGCCCUCACUGAAUCCAGCAAACUCAUGAAGGCUGACUUCAAGGCCAACCUUAAGACAGUGAAAAAGGAGGAGGAGAAGAAAGAGGAAGUGACUGACUGGCGUAAGAAUGUGGAGGCCAUGUCUGGAAUGGAGGGAAGGAAGAAGCUUUUUGAUGUGGGACAAUAACAGACUCAUCCAAUCUUAUCAUAAAGAGAAGCACACAUCAAGACAUGCGGAAAGAGAAAUGUAAAAAGCUAUGUCAUUAGAGGUGCAAAGUA